AGCUCGUGAAACAUGAAGUCACGUGUUUUGAUAUUAUUCUUCCUCCUGGCGAUUUCCUCAGCGGAACAACGACCAUCCGAGGAUGUAAAAGAAAAAUGCCUGAAGAAUCAUCCUGUCCUCCUCCAUUACUUCUCAUGGGUUGACUAUAUGGUGUUGGCUGCUAUGUUAAUAAUUUCGUGCCUGAUUGGUACUUUCUAUGGUUUCUUCUCAAAGAAGCAGGAAACCAGCCAAGACUUCCUGCUCGGUGGCUCGAGUAUGGGAACAUUCCCUAUGGCAAUGUCACUGGCUGCCAGCUUUAUCACAGCUAUUGAGCUUCUGGGGAAUCCUACGGAAAUGUACGGACAGGGUACUCAAUUCUGGAUGACAUGCCUGGCCUUCAUUUUGGUUGUGCCCAUUACCUCCUGUCUGUACUUGCCGGUUUACAUGAAGCUGAGAUUAACGUCAAGCUACGAGUAUCUCAAUCUUCGUUUCGACCAGCAUUGCAGACUACUCGCUGGCGGCCUUUACAUGCUGCAGAUGAUACUCUACACAUCCGUGGCUGUAUAUGCGCCAGCGUUAGCUUUAAGUCACGGGUGGAAUGAAGGCUGUCAUAAUGACAGAUACAUUCCAAGCAGCGGUGCUUCUUGGCUCCCUCUUUCUGAUUGUUGGAUACGGCCUCUCCUGGGAAGGAGGACCCUCCUUGGUAUGGCAAGUCAACCAGGAAUCAGGAAGAAUGGAGUUCUUCAAUAUGGAUCCCAGCCCAACUGUCAGGCACAGCUUCUGGAGCGUGGUGAUUGGUGGGACCAUUUAUUGGACUAGCAUGUUCUGCAGCAAUCAAGCUUCCGUCCAAAAGUACCUUAGCGUAGAAAGCAUUGGCCAAGUUAGAACAGCGUUAUGGGUAUCAGCUUUUGGCAUGAUUAUAAUAUACACCGUGAACUUCCUGACUGGUAUGGUGCUCUACAGCAAGUACAAAGACUGUGAUCCUCUCCUGGCUAACUAUAUAAGCAGCCAGGAUCAAUUAUUGCCACUGUACGUUAUGAAUUUCAUGGGUGGCCUCAAGGGAGUGUCUGGGUUUUUUGUUGCUGGGAUCUUUGCUGCCUCUUUGGGAACCGUAGCAAGCGCUCUGAACUCUCUGGCAGCCAUAACCUGCGAAGAUAUCCUUCAGGGAUUGUUCAAAAUGGAGAUGCCAGCCAGAAAAGGCGCAAUUUAUGCUAGAUGGAUUAGUAUCUUCUUUGGAGCGCUUAGUUUUGCUUUGGUCUUCGUCGUGGAACGUCUUGGUAGUGUCCUUCAGGUUGCCCUAUCAUUCAAUGGCAUGGUCGGUGGCAUUACGUUGGGAUUAUUCUCUUUGGGCAUGUUCGUACCAUGGGCAAAUGCCAAAGGAGCGAUUACUGGAGCCAUUACCAGUUUAGUAAUUGUCCUUUGGAUUGGCCUGGGAGCACAAGUUGCUAGCUUAAAUGGGCAAAUUCACCUAGAUAAUAAACCAGUGUCAGUUAACGCUUGUCCAUGCAUUAAUACCACAGAUAUAAUUUCAAACGACUCAAAUGGCAACAAUGAUGAAGCUUAUUCCAUAUACAAGAUCAGUUAUCUGUGGUACACUGCGAUAGGUUGUAUCCUGACAAUGUUGAUAGGCGUGGGGGUGAGUUUCUUCACGGGUUUCCAGAAGCCAGCUGACCUCGACCAGGACCUCCUGAGUCCGCCCAUCGCUUCAAUGUUUCACAUACAGACAAAACCGUGUGCCAGUAACGUCCACGGUAUCACAAACUUUGGCCUGGAACUGGAUGAUGAGAAAUCGCAGGCAGAAAGUACCAAGAGUCCAAAGACAUGAAGAACAGCACCGGUCUAGUACCAAUUGUACAUUUAGAGAAGAUUCUGGGAACCAGUGAUUGCUCCGGAUGGUGGAAAUUAUUUUAGAAAACUGUAUGGGAACGUUCCAUGGGAAGAGGCUCGUUUGAGAACGCAGCAGUUCCUAAUCGUGACAGUUUUUCAUGGCGCUUAUUUUUAUUUCCUUAAGGUUGUUCUCCGUAGUCAGUUGGACGAAACUUGAGCGCUGACUGCACUAGAAAAAGUGUUAGCUUUUUACAGCAGAAACCGGAAAGUGGAGUCGAUCGGGGAUCCACUCGUGGAUGAUUAAUUGUUGUUGUUUUCCUUGCCAAGUCUCUGUAAUUCAUUAUGCACGUUAGACUAGGUUCGUUCGUGAAGUACGAUGAUAGACUGCUUCGUUCUGAAUGCUGAUACUUGGCACAAGGCUCGAGGAAAGGCAGAACAACCAAAAUACUGGCAAUACUGAGAGAAAUACAAGUACGAAACAAUUGCCAAUGUGUUGAAGUGAAAUAGGGCAGAACGAAGCAUUGCGAAUGAACAAACCACGACGAGCGUGAAGAGGCUCUCUUGAAGAGCUUCUUUAAGACUCGAUUGAAAGUAUUUUUUAGUUUUGUUACUCGUGAAAAAAAAAGAUAGCGUUUAAAGAAUAGAAGAAAGGAUAAAGGAAACACGUCGCUAGUGUUUAGUUAGAGAUGAAGGAAGAGGAUCUUACUAAUUUACAGAGGGGGACUAUUUAUGAUUAUUCAGAGAAGACUCCUUGCCAGGAGGCGACUCGAAAUCGCGUAGGCUAGUUUAUUUAUGGCGCCCAAUUGAUGUAGUACCUAUCUUGCUAAUUCCAACCAUUCCUGAGGAAGAAACUUGUGG